AUGUGGAAGAGACUAUUGGAUGCUCCAGAAACGCCAUUAAUAAAGACAGCUUCAUCCCAAGGUGUUGCUGUCAGUGAGGACCGAGUUUUGGAAUGGAUUUGGACUUCGCACCGAAUAGUUGUUGAUGUGGUAAGAACAGAUCGUCACCUUGAAUUCUAUGAGGAUACAAGAAAUUUGGCUAGGAUGUCUGAUAUCCUUGCCAUUUAUGCAUGGGUUGACCCUGGAACUGGUUUUUGUCAAGGUAUGAGUGAUUUGCUUUCUCCUUUUGUGGUUCCUUUUGAGGAUGGUGCUGAUGCAUUUUGGUUCUUGGAAAUGCUCAUUAGGAGAACGCGUGCAAAUUUUCAAAUGGAAGAACCAACUGGAGUGAUGAAGCAGCUACAAACUUUGUGGCACAUAUUGCAACUGACAGAUAGAGAAAUGUUUUCUUACCUGUGGCAAAUAGGUGCUGAAAGCCUCCAUUUUGCAUUCCGGAUGCUCUUGGUACUCUUCCGUUGGGAAUUGUCUUUUAAUGAUGCCCUCCGGAUGUGGGAGAUAGUGGGAGAUUUGGAGAAUGUUCUGAAAUGGUUUAUGGCCGACUUUGAGGAUGCUAUGAAGACAUCUACUGCAGCUUUAUACAAUGAUGCGCUGUUGAGAAAAAUGAUGUUUUGUUGUCAUGAUUUUUAA